AUUAAACAUGGCGGGGAAAACAUUAUUUGUACUUCUUUGCUAUUGCAUUGCAUCAUCGACAUUCAUCAAAGUUGUUUCAAUGGAACUGGUUUCCCACUGGUUGUCUGGAGGGUAUGUACAAUGCUAUCCUGUGGUAUGCCUAGCAGGAUUUCAGGCGUCUUUCUGUAAGCUGGAUAGAACGAGCGACUACUGCCAUUCGUGUCCCGUUGGCAGCACACAGGAUAUAAUUGUGGACACGAGAACUCUUCGGUCUCAGAAUGACGUCCCGAAAUGCUCGCGUAUCGACAUCGCAUGUCUACAGCCAGAAACGACACCUGUUGUGGAAAAUGGCAUAAUUGCUCGCUGUGAAUGUGACCUGUCCAACGGAUAUAUCGGAGAGGACCCGCUAUGCAUGAAAGUCAACAGAUGUUUUCGUGGAGAGGAACUUGACAAAUCAAGCGGUCGAUGUUCACCGUGCCAGAAGGGAUCCUACAAAAACACUACUGGGUACGAGUUUUGCCAACCAUGGACCAGUUGUGAAACCCUUGGCAGAGAAACGUUGAAGGUAGGUAAUACAACUGCUGAUACUGUCUGCGGAAAACGACUUCAGACUACGAAUAGUGAGCCGAGUUUGUAUCCAACAGCAAACACGUUUUCUGUGACCUUGAAAUGUGGAACAGGCGAUUGUCUUACUAAGGCCGAUCAGACUGAGUUCAAAGAAGAUGUCAUGGACAGCACACUGCAACAUCAAAACAAGACUGAUCAGCAUCACUCGAAAGACUGCGGAGAGCGGAGCCUGCAGUAUGCGGUCGUCAUCGCAAUUAUGAUGCUCAUGCUGCUUAUCAUGGCAGUUUGCUUUUUACGCAUCAGCUGCAAGUUAGAUAGAACGCCAUGGAAAGGCUUUCGACUUUCCACAAGGAAUGAAAAAGAUAUCGAAAUGUGUUUUAAACAAGGCAUUCAGGAAGAGAAUGGAAUAGCCAAACACGAAGCCAAAACAGCUUCCGAAAAGUCAACACCUUUUGACGAUUGUGACCAGCCAGCUACGCUGUACCCUCCAAUCAACGAACAGCCGGCUGAACCAACCGCCCCAGAAUUGUCCAUGCAGGGAAACUUACAGCCUCUGAUCCACGUUCCACCAAGCUGCUGCACAUGCGACGUCUACGUCCCAAAGGGAAAUUACGGUUAA